UGGCCCUUCGCACAGUGCCAGCUGCUACGGUGGUGUUCGCAUACACCGUUAAGAGCAAAACCGGGCAUACUAUAGUGAAUGCGUCUUUUCCCAAGUAACAGUUUCAUUGUAGUCUUCGUCUUUAUGAGACUUGCCAACUCAUAUGACUGAGGUGAAAUGUCCUGUGGGUGUCUUGUUUGCCAUUCUCCUCCAUGAACAAGUACUGGGAACACUGAAUCCUUGGAAAGAUACGAACACAGACAUGCAAGCACUUUCUUCCUGUGCAUCCAACGGUUUCUGCAAAUGUCUGUAAGGAAAGUAACAACUGUAACAGCAGGCUCAGGACCAGUUUACUGAGGUAGUUUUUUUUGGGUGAAACCUCUCCCCAAUCUCUUGGUCGCUUUGUAAAUCACAGUGAUGCCGCCUCCAUCUGACAUUGUGAAAGUGGCUAUCGAAUGGCCAGGCGCUAAUGCCCAGCUAAUUGAGAUUGAUCAGAAAAAGCCCCUUUCUUCAAUUAUCCGAGAAGUCUGUGAUGGCUGGUCUCUUUCGGGUUCUGAUCAGUUUGCUCUGCGUUAUGCGGAUGGCCCACAGCUGUACAUCACUGAACAGAACCGCAGUGAGAUAAAGAAUGGGACUAUCCUUCGUCUGGCAAUUUCACCUGCGCGUGCAGCCCGACAACUCUUGGAGAGGGUGCAGUCUCAUGGAAUGGACGCUCGACUGGAGGCACUGAAGGAGCUCGCUAAGCUGUCGGCGGACAUUACGUUCGCCACUGAAUUCAUUAACAUAGAGGGCAUCGCGGUGCUGGCGCGGCUAGUCGAAAGUGGCACGCACUUUGGGGAGAUGCUGGCUUUUACUCUGACGGCUUUUCUGGAAUUAAUGGACCAUGGGAUUGUGUCCUGGGACCUCAUUUCAUUUUCCUUCAUAAAACAGAUCUCCAACUAUGUCAAUCAGCCAAUGGUGGAUGUGUCAAUCCUGCAACGCUCACUAGCCAUUCUAGAAAGCAUGGUUCUUAACAGCCAAACCCUAUAUCAAAGAGUAGCACAUGAGACUACUGUGGGUCAGCUCAUUGCACAUCUGCAAGUUUCAAACCAAGAAAUUCAGACCUAUGCCAUAGCGCUCAUCAAUGCCCUUUUUCUGAAAGCUCCUGAGGACAGAAGGCAGGAGGAGCCCACUAACCCACUAGACCUGCCGCUCACUGAAAUGGCUAAUACCUUAGCACAGAAACAUCUACGGUCCAUUAUACUAAAUCAUGUAAUUCGUGGAAAUCGACCAAUCAAAGCAGAGAUGGCUCAUCAAUUGUAUGUGUUGCAAGUGUUGACUUUUAAUCUCUUGGAGGAGAGGAUGAUGACCAAAAUGGAUCCCAGUGACCAGGGUCAAAGGGACAUUAUCUUCGAGUUACGUAGAAUUGCCUUUGAUGCGGAUUCUGAUCCAAACAGCAGUACUGAGAAACGAAAGGCCAUGUACACCAAGGACUACAAAAUGCUGGGAUUCACAAAUCACAUAAAUCCAGCUAUGGAUUUCACACAAACUCCACCAGGAAUGCUUGCCUUGGAUAACAUGCUGUAUCUUGCCAAAGUACAUCAGGACACUUACAUUCGGAUUGUUCUAGAGAACAGCAGCCGUGAGGACAAACACGAGUGCCCAUUCGGACGCUGUGCUAUUGAAUUGACUAAGACACUUUGUGAAAUUCUUCAGGUUGGAGAGCUACCUAAUGAGGGAUGCAAUGAUUACCAUCCAAUGUUCUUUACUCAUGAUCGUGCCUGGGAGGAAUUCUUCUGUAUUUGCAUUCAACUUCUCAACAAAACAUGGAAGGAGAUGAGAGCUACAUCUGAGGAUUUCAACAAGGUGAUGCAAGUUGUGAGAGAACAGAUCACACGGGCUUUGGGAAUGAAACCAAAUUCUCUUGACCAGUUUAAGAGUAAGCUCCGUGGGUUGAGCUACUCUGAGAUCCUGAGGCUGAGACAAUCUGAACGAAUGAGUCAAGAUGAUUUCCAGUCACCUCCUAUUAUAGAACUACGGGAGAGGAUCCAGCCUGAGAUCCUAGAGCUUAUCAAGCAGCAACGUCUAAACAGGUUAUGUGAAGGAAGCUGCUUCCGGAAAAUAGGGAAUAGGAGGAGACAAGAAAAAUUUUGGUUCUGCCGUUUGUCACUAAACCAUAAGGUUCUUCAUUAUGGUGACCUGGAAGAACCACCACAGGGAGAAGUUCCCUUUGAAUCAUUGUCUGAAAAAAUUCCAGUUGCAGAUAUCAAAUCAGUAGUAACUGGGAAGGACUGUCCUCAUAUGAAAGAGAAGAGUGCUCUUAAGCAGAACAAGGAGGUGCUAGAACUUGCUUUUUCUAUUCUCCACGACCCAGAUGAGGCUUUGAAUUUCAUUGCACCAAACAAGUAUGAGUACUGUAUCUGGACUGAUGGACUAAGUGCACUUCUGGGCCGAGAGAUGAGCAGUGAGCUGACUCGCAGUGACCUUGAUACUCUUCUUAGUAUGGAGAUGAAACUUCGACUUCUUGACCUAGAAAACAUUCAGAUCCCUGAAGCACCUCCUCCAAUCCCAAAGGAGCCAAGCACCUAUAAUUUUGUUUACCACUAUGGCUGACAUGACACAAAGAGCAGGAGACAGAUUGAAUGAAGGACAGCAAAGGAUGAAAGGGUAAAGAAGAAGACAAGGAAGCACAGUGAGACUUAAGAACAGACCUCAUCUGAAGAUAAAAGAAAAAGAAGACGAUGGAAUAGAGAACUCAGACCUUAAUAAACUGGAAUUUUCAAAGCCCUAAGCCAUGAAAGUUGUUGCCCAGCAUGGAAAUACGGCACUGCCUCCAGGCCGGAAAAGCAAUCGGGUUGCCACCAAUAAGCAACAGGGCCCAAAUUUAGUGAAAACUGUCUCGAUUUCCGAGAGACAAAAGGGAGAAUUGAGAGAGAUCUGGGGAAAACCAAUUUGACUUCAGUUGGGAGUCAGGAUAUGGGAAUAUUGGGAGGUUCCCACCAGCACCAAACUGAUCUUAGUGUAAAUGCCUAAUGAUACAUCUCCAAAUUUGGAAAGGCUACACCCCCCAUCUAACUUAGCACGAAUUAAGGUGGAAUGUCUAAUGGAAAGUUUUUUACCAUUCCAAAGAGGGUAACAAAAUUAAAUCGGGGGGCAAUGUUCGUUUUAAUAAUAACCAAUCGGGACCUGAACGAUUGGGGCAAAGAGGACCAGGAGAAGAGAGAGACGUUAGCACCCCUGAAGAUACGUUUAUAAUUUAAUGAGGUAAUGUUAUGGAGAGACACAGAGACAGACAGUUAGGAGUACAUGCUGAUAUAGCACAUUGC